UAGCUUGCCCGUCGCCGCCGCGUGCAUCACACGGUCGUUCCCGCCGGUCGGUCGUCCCCGUCUGUCCGUUGCCGCCGUUCGUUCGCGUGCGAUUUCGCGUUUUUCGGCAAUAUUCCGAUCAAGCGACGUUGUCGUUAGUAUCGUUUUGGUUUUGGUUUUCUUCCACUCGCUCUUCCGUUCCCGUCCGACCGUCGUCGAGCGUGCCCGUGUUUGGCGCGUUUUCGCGGUUUUUUUUUUUUACACUAACAAUAUACAUACAGGUAGGUUAUUACCUGUGCCCCGAUGUAUUUACCGGGUACACGUUGUCCGUGUUCGUCCGAUCGCUCCAGACACUCGUAUAAUCGCGGCCGUCGGUUUUGGCUCGUCGUCUUCCCGACAUCACUUGUGCGUACGGCCCGUUUAAAUAUUGUAAGGCCGACCCGACUCGCGAUCGGUCGCGUGUGACUUCUCGUCGUCUAGGCGUGUGGACGCAAAACCCGAGAGUAAAAUUUAAAACCUAAGAAAAAAAAAGUUCGAUCAUCACGUGCGGGCAUACACACACACACACACAGACCGUCUGAUGUUAUAGUAUAAUUCGUUGGUCGGCGUCGUCUCACCUGUAAACUUAUAAUUCGUGCUCGUAAAACCAGAGAUUUCUGGUAUGGUGUUGUUGAAUUGUACUGAAUUUUAACAUCGAGUUAAACAAUAAUUGUUUAUUCAGAUUGUUUCACUCAGAUUUUGAAAACAAACAAUUUAAAUAAAUCAAUCAGGUGUUGUUGUCAUUCAGACAAAGACGGAGCCAUCACGAUCAUUGAAAAUGCCGCCGGCUUUAUACGGACUGUUCUCCGUGUAUGUGACGUUUGUCGUACUGGGAACACAAGCCAUUACCAUUGAAGAAUUGCCACCAGAUCACGUGCGAGAGUUGUCCUGCGGCCGAAUGUACUACAGGACUUUUCACUUGGAUGAAAAUCGUGACACAUUAUACGUCGGUGCCAUGGAUCACGUGUACCGGCUGAACCUGAGCAACAUCAGCCACUCCAGCUGCAAGCAGGAUUCCAUAAAUCUGGAACCAUCAAACAUUAUGAGCUGCACGUCUAAAGGAAAAUCUGAGAAUUUUGAUUGCCGAAACCACUUCCGAGUCAUCCAGUCGAUCGGUGACGGCAGCCGGAUAUACAUUUGCGGCACAAACGCACACAAUCCAAAGGACUACGUGAUCUACUCCAAUCUGACACAUCUUCCCAGACACGAGUACGUGCCCGGCGUAGGUCUGGGCACGGCCAAAUGUCCGUACGACCCGCUGGACAACUCGACGGCCAUCUGGUCGGAAAAGGGCAAUCCGGGACAGUUGCCGGCUCUGUACAGUGGUACCAACGCCGAGUUUACCAAAGCGGACACAGUUAUCUUCCGGACGGACCUGUACAACUUGACCUCGGGACGCAAGGAGUUUGCGUUCAAGAGGACGCUCAAAUACGACUCCAACUGGCUCGACAAACCAGACUUUGUGGGCUCUUACGAUAUCGGCCAAUACGUAUUCUUCUUCUUCCGCGAGACCGCCGUCGAGUACAUCAACUGCGGCAAGAGCAUAUUUUCCCGCGUUGCCAGGGUGUGCAAGAAGGACACGGGUGGCAAGAGCAUACUUAGCCACAACUGGGCCACGUACCUGAAGGCCCGGCUUAACUGUUCCAUACCCGGAGAAUACCCGUUCUACUUCAACGAAAUCCAGAGCAUUUACAAGGUGCCGGACGACGAUACACUUUUCUACGGCGUGUUCACCACGUCCACUACCGGUUUGAUGGGCUCUGCCAUAUGUACUUUCCGGCUAGAGGACAUAGAUCACGCGUUCGCGGGCCGAUUCAAGGAACAAGCCAGUUCCACGUCAGCCUGGCUCCCAGUACUGUCUACCAAGGUACCGGAGCCCAGACCCGGACAGUGUGUCAAUGACACGGAGACUUUGCCAGAUUCCGUAUUGAAUUUCAUCCGCAGUCACCCUCUCAUGGACGAGGCGGUGGCGCACAAAGACAACGAACCGGUGUUCUACAUGCGUGACUUGUUCUUCACGCGUCUCGUAGUAGACGUUCUCGAUUACGUCGUGUUCGGAAACCAUCUACACUACACCGUCUAUUACGCCGCUACCAACGAAGGCCGCGUUUACAAAGUGGUGCAGUGGUACAACGACGAAGGUGUACCUGGAUCUGCUCUUCUGGACAUAUUCGACAUCAUGCCCGGUCUGCCAAUCACGGCGAUGGAAAUAUCCAGAAAGCACAAAGCCCUGUACGUUGCUUCCGACGAGAGCGUCCGACAGAUAUACUUGUCAAUGUGCACUCACCGGUACGACAGCUGCUUGCGGUGCGUCCACGACCCGUAUUGCGGAUGGGACAAACAGUCCAAGACCUGCAAACCCUACCAGCCAGGGCUCCUGCAGGACGUGACCAACUCGUCGCGAAGCGUGUGCGAAAGCUCGGUGGUCAACAAGAGGCUGACCGUGACGUUCGGCCAGAGCGUGCACCUCAGCUGUUUCGUGAAAAUGCCGCAAGUGCUAAAGGUAUACCCGGUCACCUGGUACCACCACAGCAAGGAAAAGGGACGGUACAUGGUCUCGUUCAGCCGAGUGGAAAAAUAUAUUGCGACCGUCGAAGGUGGCAUGGUGAUCGUCGGAGCAUCGGAAGAGGACGGCGGCCGAUACGACUGUCAGCUGGCCGGCGCCCUGUUGUGCACGUUCAACUUGACGGUGGACGCGCAUCGGUGUUCGCCACCGGCCCGGUCGUCUGACUACCAUCGGGUGUACUCGGACUGGUGCCACGAGUUCCAGAAGUAUAAGAGCGCGAUGAAAUCUUGGGAGAAAAAACAAGCUCAAUGCAGUAGCUCAAGACAAAACGAGACCGCGAUUGCCCAGGGUCUCCUGUCAAACGAAUUAAACGCAAGCCCGGCCCUAUAAGGAGGAUACUAUACACGAGAAUAUACGAGGUGCAAGCAACCGUCGCCACUACCACCACAGCCACCACAAACACCAUCCCCAUCCCAUGUUCACGCUAUAAUAUAUAUAUAUAUAUAUAUAUGUAUAUUGUAUUAUAAUAUGCGUUAAUGUUAUGAUAAUAUACCGUCAUCGUCGUGUCAGUCGUUCCACCGCCGCGGAAAAAUAAGUAAAAAAAUGUAAUAACAAUAUAUAAUAUAUAUUGAAUGAGGUAAAAGCGCCAUCAUAAAUAGUCGUCGUCGUCGUCGUCGUCGUCAUAGUCGUUAAGUAUAAUAUAGUAUAAGAGGAUUUUUUUUUUUAAUUUUAAUGCAGAUUCACGUAUAUAAUAUAUAAUAUACACCUGUAGGUAUAUAGGUGUUUGUACCUAAAAUACGUAAUACAUGGAAUGUAUGUACUCGUGUAUACGUAUAUAUAUUGUAUAUAAUGAUAUGUAUAAUGUAUAUUGUGUACUUUGUAUAUUAAUAAUUAGAAUUUAAUGUACAGACUGCCUAUAUAAGCUUUAAACUAUAACCGCGACGAGCGACGGCCGAUAUUAUACUAUACCUUUUUUUUUAACGAUAUAUACAUAUUUUAUCUACAAUCUUCUGUGAUAAUGUAGCUGUUAGGUUUUUUUUUAAUAAAUAUAUGGAAAUAAUAUGUUAUUAUACUACCCAAUUAGGCAUAAUAUUUUAUAAUAUGAUAGAGUGAGCUUCAUAUUAUUUUUUCCGUUUUAUUUUUUUACAAUUUUUUUUCAAUUUUUUUGCGUGGCUCUUUAUUAUUAUACAUAUAACAGUAAAGUUAUGGUGCUUCGUUAUAGCAAUACACGGUCGUGACGUUAUAAACAUAACACUAUUUUCAUUAUAGUGUGUAGGACCUAUAUCAUGAUUACAUUUUUGUAUUAUUUUGUAUUAUUUUAUUACUAUUAUUAUUAUUAUUAUUAUUAUUAUUAUUAUUAUGAUUAUUAUUACGACUAUUAUUAUUAUUAUGUAUUUAUUUUGACAAUAAGACUCGGUUAUCACUAAGUAUAUUAUUAUUACCUCCCCCCACACUCUUAGCGUAAUACAAUCAACUUUGUAUUUUUUAGUUAUAUUAGUUUGUUAAAAUUAUCUCUGUUCGCUUAAUUAAAUAAUGUACUUAAAUUAUAUUUAUUUGUAUAAAUUAUUAUUGUUUCCGAUGCGAUUAGAGCCUUAAGCGAGCUCAAUAUAUUUUUUAAAAUAAGGUUUAAAAAAAAAAUUACAGUUAGCACAGUACAUAAUUCCAACAAAAAUUGUAUACCUACACUGCGUAGCGUCUAGACCUAGCCAACAGUAACGCUUAGGCACUAUCCCGGCGCUAAAUUUAUUAAAUAAUUAUAUGAAAACAAAAAACAAAAAAAAAA